GUAGUCAGGCGGUCGGUUGCUAGGCUGACUCGCGCCGAGAGCUCGAGCGCAUUCGUUGGAACCCCCUCCCCCCCUCCUACACACCGUUGCCAUAUAAGGUCACGAAGAAUCCACUGCAGCGGCAGCUCUGUUGUUUGGUAUCUAGGCGAAAAUAGCACGCAGCGUGCGCGUGAGCUCUCGCUUCAAAGUCCAGCGGAUCAACGGCUGCUUUACCAGAUUAGACAAACAAGAUAUGAACCUCUUUUUUUCGGUGAAGGAGUUAAAUAUACAGAAGGGGAGGGUCUUUAUUCACGUACGUAAAAUGGAUGGGGCGCGGGAGGGUCUCUAGAUACACCUCUUUAGUUAAAUGGUGCAGUCUUUCACUGUCUGUGUCAGUGUGCGUGUCAGAGGCCUGUUUUUCUUGUUAUCAACUGCCGGCUCUAAGCUGCCGGGUGCGCGCAUUCAGGUCACAGGGCUUCAAUACCCUUCCCCCCUCUCUCUCUCUCUAUGUUAAGCUUCUCCUUGCUCACAGCCAGCCCACGGUUACAGCUAUGUAGAGGGUUUUAUGGAUGCGUUUAAAACAAACAACAAAAAAGUGAAAAUGUGACAUUACUUUGGAGAUGGAUUUGCGAUGAAAUCCACACCAAUUGGGUUACUUAUAGGCCUUUUGUUUUUUCUUUUUUCUUUUGUUUAAAAAAAAAAAAAAAAAAAAAAAAAAAGCUUCCCGAGUGGGUUGUGCCCGUUCAGCGCUGCCGCUGACAGUCUGGAAUAUUCCACACAGAGAGGACUGGCCUUUUUCCCCUGCAGGACAGCUGUCUCUUUCUCUUCGGAGUGAUAAUAUUUUAACAAUUGUUCUUUGUUUAUUAACUGAUGAAAAUGGGCUGUAUGCGUGUGGAUAUGUAAGAACAAUUUAAUAUCCUUUUAAGCCAUAUGUUAUACUGCCAGUUACACCUUGUAAGUCAAUCAAGCACUUUUAAAAAAAAUUACUUAUUCAACAUAUUUCUUUUAAAAUUUAUUGCGCUAAAUACUGUACCAAACUGACAGGUACAGUGCUGUGUCUAUUUUUUUUAUGGCUUUUGUACUUUCAGCUUUAAAUCCUGACGGACUGAAUCAAAUCAAGCAUUCCUCGGAGUCGUGUUUUUCAUUAUUUAUGGGCACAGUUGGCUUUUUCAAGGAUUUUUUCCCCUCGUCCCCCUGCAGAGAUUGCUUGGUACUGUAAAAAAAAACAACCAAAAAAAACCAACCAAGCCAGAUUUCUUCUUCUUAGCUCUUAAAUAUUUGCAUGUGUAGUGUAUUGCUGUACUAUUCCACAUAAUGAUCUGUAACAUACUCUCAUUGCAAGUUUUAUUGCCUCUUGUCUGUCUGUGUGUGUGCGUGUGUGUUUGUGAGAUGAUGAAAUAAAUAGACUAUGCAUUAAUUUUAUUGUUUUCUUGUUAUGGAAACUAAAAGGAGACUUUGUUGAAUUUUUGGGCCCAUCCUUAAAACUGUGUCUUAGCUGUGAUGACACAAUAUACGGGAUGUUUCACAUGCUGUGGGGUGAGAUUACUGGAGGAAUUUUGAGUAGAAACACGUUUAUUUUGUGCCAAUUUAUUCACGUUUUAAGAAUUACAUUUUUGAAAUGGAGGAAGGGUGUCAGCUUUUUCUCUUAAAGGGACAGGUUGCUCACAUUUUCAGCACUUCCAUGAUCCAGCUAACCAUAUCAUUAAACACCCGUGGGUUUAAUUUGACUUUUUAGUCUACAUCAGCAUGUUGAAGUGCCUUUAUGGCAGGGGAAAUGCAGUGUUUGGCGUUUUGUGAUCAUAUACGGUUGUUCCCUGUGAUCUGCUCUCUCCCGACACCCACAGUCACUGAUAACCAGUCAUCUACACUGCCAAUGAAACACGUUCCCAAACCUGCUUUCUCACACUUUCUGCUGUGUGUGUCUUUUAAUAUCUAGCCACAUCAGUGUUUAGCUCUAGUUUGUAACACUCACCCCUGUGACAAGAUAAUACACCCAAAACACUGAAAAAUACAAAAAUAAACUUUAAAAAAAUCCUCACGCCCUUGAAAAGAUUCAUCACAUUGUAAAAAAAGACCAAAAAACCCCACAUCCAUAAACUGCACCCUGGGAAGAGAGAAAAUAGUUUGUCCUGAUGGUACCAUCUGUGAUGUCACAGCAGAGAAGCAUUACUCACAUCCUGCUGAGGACUCAAAACGAUCACAUGGUACAGAAAACACUUUAAUUUUAAAGUAAUAUACAGUUAUUUUUGUCUAAUCUGGAAGCGCUGGUUCUCAGUUGCUCUGUUUUCUCCUCAGAUAUAUUAAAUAUUCUACCUGGAAGCUGCUUGCAUGCUUCCUUAAGGUUCCAACUGAUAUAUCUUUUGAGCCUGAAAGUGGAAAAGAUAACCAAAACAGGCUUUUUACCUGGAAAAAGCUCACAUUUAGAUGGGUGCACCCAGUGACCCACUCAGUCUCACCAAGACAAUGCUUCACACCUCCACAGGCAGGAGUCUAGAAACCUCUGUAGUGACAGCUGUCAGCGUCAACAAAAACCUGCUGAUCCUGCAUCAGUAGGAUCAGCGUGAAAAGUGAGCAUUUCUCAGUGUUAUCCCUCGCACACACACACACACGCCACGCGGUCAGUGGGGGUAGUGCUUCAGACUGAGUACCCACCCAGAAAAUGAAAUACGCAAACACAUUGCGGUAGAGGAAGUAGGAGCAGCCAGACUCAGUCGCUUCACAUGUGUAAUUUAGCGAGAGAGCGGCAUGCUUUCAGUGAACAGGCUCAUAAUAGGAGAGGAGAGAAGUGGGGGGUCAAUUGGAGGCAGACAGUGUGACAGGAACAGGAAGUGGUGAGCAGAGUGAGCUACCUGGUAAAACAUGAGGCUUGGCUGUUCCUCACUCUGCCUGACACUCCCUGUAAAUCAUCUCAACCCUUCAAAAAAUAGACUCGCUAGGCUGUGUCAUGUAUUUAAGUUAAAUCUGGAGGGAGCACCUGCGUGACACUUUGGAGGCGAGAUGACACAAAACGGUGCCGGGAACGGCACCAAGAAAAAGGGAGAUGAACUUAAAAUUGUAAUUGUGGGAGAUGGAGGCUGCGGGAAAACAUCUCUUCUGAUGGUUUAUGCCAAAGGUGAUUUUCCAGAGAAGUAUGCACCUUCAGUGUUCGAAAAAUACACCACGACUAUCACUCUCGGAGGAAAAGAGAUAAAGCUCAACCUGUAUGACACAGCCGGACAGGAUGAUUAUGAUCGACUGAGGCCACUUUCAUACCAAGAAGCUAAUCUGGUUCUAGUCUGCUUUGAUGUCACAAACCCAACCAGCUAUGAGAACGUCCUGAUAAAGUGGUACCCAGAGGUGAAGCACUUCUGUCGGGACACGCCAGUCAUCCUGAUUGGCUGCAAGACUGACCUCAGGAAGGACAAAGAGUGUGCCAGGAAGCUGAAGGCCAUGAAUCUGGCUCAUGUCACUUACAUGCAAGGUGAGGAGACUCGCCAGCACAUGAACGCAGAGCUCUACCUCGAGUGCUCGGCGAAGUAUCAGGAGAACGUGGAAGACAUUUUCAGAGAAGCAACGAAGAUGGCUUUGGCCUUCAACCGAAAACAGAGGAAUAACAAGAGGAAGAAGAAAUGUGUUAUUUUGUGAAGGACAAAAAGCCAUAAGAACCCUCUUCUUCAGUGAGACAGAUUGUGCUCAGUGUCCUGCAGAGAUUGAAAGUUGGGGGCCUGCACAUGUUCCUUCAGUGUUACAAGGAAAUGACUGAUGACACAACAGGAAAGACAAUUUUGCAAGUUGCAACCUGGAGCUUGAAACACCCUCUUUUGGAGGGUUUUACUUUCAUAUGUUAUGUCUAGUAUUUUUAUAUAUGUUUUUCUUCCUGGGGAAUUUUGUACUGUUUCUACUUUUGCACUGUUAUUUUACCAAAAACAUAUUUAUUGGAGGCACCGAGUUAUUGUUUGUAUUGUGAUGUAGCUUUUACAAUCUAAAGGAGUGAAGGAAAAAAAAAAAAAAAAACAAAACCCAACUCAUGACUGUUAGGUUGUUUUGUGGCCGUCAGUCUGAAGGCUUUACCAAUAGCGCCCACUAGAGUUGAAAAACCAUAACACGUAGAGCGGCUGCACAGUUUAUUUAGGCUUUUAUCACAAGUUGGACUGAAACAAUGUAAUGAAUACAGUGAACACCUGUGAGAACAAGAAACGAGUUACUGUUCCUAAUCAGGUGCUGAUUUUACCAUAACGGACACAUGAAUGAAAAACUCAGGGAACAAACUGCAUUCUUGAAAAACAGCUACGUACAAUUUUUUUGUGUUAAAGACAAAGUGUUUUAAUCACAUCAGAUGUGAUCAAUUUCCCUCAAUAAUAAAAAAAAAAA